AUGGAUAUUAUGUUUUCUGAAUGUUAUUAAUGGAUAUGAUUCGAAGAUGUCUCUUUUUUACCCGUUUAAAGAGUCAUUAUUUGAAAAUUGGGACAUAUAUGGGUCGGUAAAAGUUGAAGGGAAUAAAAUAGUGUUUAUAUCACCGGAAUACCAGUUAAAUACGGGAUCAAUAUGGCAAAAACAUAGGAAUAGGUACAAGGAAUGGUAUGCCAAAGUUUCGCUGGGUUUAAGUGAGAUAGAAGGGGAAAACCUUGGAAUUGCAUUAUGGUAUACGUCAGAAAGAGGAAAGACGGGAAUUGUUUUUGGGUCUAAGGAUCGUUGGGAUGGACUUGGAGUUUUUUUAAAUAUAGGGUUAAACAAAAAAUCUUUUAUUAGAGGGCAUUUAAAUGAUGGGUCAAUGGAAUAUUCUAAAUUUAAGGACCCAUGGAUUCAAGCAUUUGGAGCAUGUUCUAUUAUUUACGAAAAUUUUAAUGAAACAUUAACUUUUAAACUUUUAUAUUCUAGAGGGAUAAUACAAAUUGAAUUAAAUGAUAGUAUAUGUUUUAAAACAACACAAAUAAAUCUUCCAUCUGAUUAUUAUUUUGGGAUUUCUACACAAUCUGAAAAUGGAACAGAAUCUGUCGAAAUAUAUAGUUUUGAAGUAGAUGAAAUGAAAUACGAUUAUGAGGAUUCGAAUGACUAUAUAUAUACACAAAUUGAUAAGGAAGAUAAAAAUAUGAACAAUGAUUUUAACACAAAUUCUACUAAGAUAUUAAAUGAUUUACCUGUUCUUUUAAAUCAGCUAUUAAAUAUAGCUAACGAACAAUUAUUAAUCAAAAAUACUAUAGAAAAUAUAAGCAAAUCUUUGAAUUCUUUAUCUAGAACUAUAUCUAAUUCAGAAUCCAAAGUUUAUAGAAACGAAGAAGAAAUAAUUAAAAUACUUUCAGAUAGAAUGUCAAAAUCAAUUUCAUAUUUACUUGAAUAUAAACAAAAAAACGAAACCAUUUUAAUGCUUAAUUCAUUAUCAGAAAGUAUUGCAAAAAAUAUGACAUCAAUUAAUUCUAAUAUUAAAUUUUUUAUAAUUAUGAAUAUAAUAAUACAAAUCAUAAUAUUAUCAGCAUAUAUUAUAUAUAAGCGAAGAGCAGACGAAUAUCCAAGGAAGAUUCUUUAGUUUGUAUAAUUUCUUAAAUAAAAAUUAUAUAUUCAAAUUA